CUUGUAUGUGGAUUACCUUACUACAGCAUUACAUUUAAGUGUUAUUCACUGCUUUUCAGAUUGAAAAGUAUCCUUUUCCACCCUUAUCAUAACAUCCUUGGAAGUCUGACUGGUGCUAAUGUCUCCCUGUGACACCUGCUCAGUUUCUAGGUGGUUACUUUUCACUUCAUCUGUUAUUUCUUCUGCCUUUCUAGCAGGAAGGCAGUUGUCUACUCUUAAGUAUACACACUGAGGUAACCACAAAGACAAACAUCCAGAUUCACAUAUUAUUUUGAAUUUCAGAUUUCUGACUGAUUAUGUCAACAUGUGUCUAGAAAAAUUGAAUAGGACAUACUGCUGUUGAUGAAUCCAUGUUGGGUUUUGCUAGAUACUCUUGGCCUCCAGAUGAUCUGCCCAUCACUGUGCCACCAAGGUGUCUCUGCUCAGCAGUGGCUGGGAUUUUGUACAGAAAGGAAAGAGAGGCCUUCAGCUGUGUUACUUAGGCAACAGGAUUUGUUUACAUCAAUUUCAUUUCAGCUCUCACAGUGUAAUAAUACUUCUUUGAGCAAAUUACUCAAUACAGGCUGCUUUCUGGCUGUUGUCCUCCCAUAUCCAUCCCUCCCUCCCACUAGCGUGCACUCAGUGGGGACUUUUACAGUUGCCUGGCAUUUCAAGUCCAGAGGCACAGCAAAUAGAAUAAAAGGAGUUUGGAAAGCAUAUAGACUAUAUAGCUGGGUUUGGAUGAAUCUCCUCAGUAAGCAUGCAGCUCUCCUUCAUGGUUAGAGAUCUUUGUUAACCAAACAAAAUCUCAAAGCUUGGCCUUAUACACAAGCAGAGAUAACUGUAUGCUACGUGGAGUGAAGCGUUAUGUCACCAGCGAGUCAGCGACUGGCCCGUCUGAUGUAAGAUGAGAGCUCCAGAGCACAAUCACGCUUUUGUGAUUGUAUGUUAACUGCAGCUGAGGACCAUGUCAUGCAAGUCAACUCCUGAGGACUUGAGUUGAUCUGCCGUCUUUGCUAAGUUGCACUCUCAUCAACUAUGCAUUCAGAGAGAGAGAGAGAGAGAGUGAAAAAUGAGAAACCAGCAUGAAUAGAGAAGAGAAAAGAGGUGGGUAAGGGAGGCUUGGACUUGGGGAAAAAGGGAGGGUGAUUUGGAAGUUGUAUUGUGAGAGAGCAUUUAAGCAAAGAGAAAGAAACUGGUACAGGAGCAAGAACUAGAUGAAAGGCAAGGGAACCCAGUAAAUCCUGUAUAGUGACAAACCCUGGAUUGUUUAUUCCUUUUUAUGUGGGAACUGGACGAAAAAGGAAAGAAGAGGAGCAUCUGCAGAAUAGGACACUAACCUCCAUUAGGGACCAGCCUGUUUAUAGGAAAAUGUAUGGGUUAACUGCUGUCAUUGCCCGUGGCUUUAAGCAUCCUCUGCCAUGGCGAAGCGUGAGGCCGGGAGCACCAGCCCUGUGGUGCGUCAGAUAGACAAGCAGUUUCUGGUCUGCAGCAUCUGUCUGGAUCACUACUGCAACCCCAAGGUCCUGCCCUGCCUGCACACCUUCUGUGAAAGUUGUCUCCAAAACUACAUUCCCCCAGAGUCUCUGACACUCUCUUGUCCAGUGUGUCGGCAAACGUCCAUCCUGCCAGAGAAAGGAGUUUGUGCUCUACAGAACAAUUUCUUCAUCACUAAUCUAAUGGAGGUCCUUCAACGUGACCCCGAGUGCUCUCGGCCAGAGGCCUGCAGUGUCCUGGAGUCGGUCAGUGCUGCAGCUGCAGGGAAGCCCCUCUGCUGCCUAAACCACGAGGGAAAGGUGAUGGAGUUCUACUGUGAGUCGUGUGAGACAGCCAUGUGUCUGGAUUGUACAGAAGGUGAGCAUAGGGAGCAUGUGACUGUUCCUCUGCGGGACGUCGUGGAACAGCACAAGGCUGCACUGAAGACACAGCUGGAUGCAAUUCACAGCAGGCUUCCUCAGCUAACAGUAGCCAUCGAGUUGGUGAAUGAGAUUUCUCGGCAGCUGAAUGAAAGAAAGAAUGAGGCAGUAGCUGAGAUUACCAGUACAUUUGAGGAGCUGGAACGGGUACUGCAUCAGCGCAAGAUGGCCCUCAUCACUGACCUGGAGAAUAUUUGCAGCACCAAGCAGAAGGUCCUGCAGGCCCAGCUGUCAUCCCUCCUUCAGGGGAAGGAGCACAUCCAGAGCAGCUGCAGCUUUACAGAGCAGGCUCUCAGUCAUGGGAGUGCUACUGAGGUGCUGCUAGUUCAGAAGCAGAUGAGUGAGCGGGUAACAGCGCUGGCUCGAUACGACUUCCCAGAGAGACCACAUCAGAACGCACACUUGGACUGUCAGGUGGAGACUGAAGGUCUGCGACGUUCCAUCCAAAACUUGGGUGUUCUCGUUACCACAUCUGCUGUGGCACAUACCUCCGUUGCCACAGGAGAGGGCCUCCGCCACGCAGCGACCGGGCAGCACCACACCAUUACUGUGACCACAAAAGAUAAAGUACUGUCUUCAGUUUAGCCUUACUAUUUGCUACAACAACAAAGGAUAGCAGCUUUACAUUUUGCAUUAGUUUUCAUGUGUUGACUAACAUGUUUCUCUACUUUGCUUUUUGUCACUUG